CACCAACUAAAUUUUACACCAAGCGAAAAUAUGAAGAUUUACGAGGAGGUGAUAUUCACAGAUCAACUUCUGCACCACCGAACUGUGGGUAGCCAGAUCGAAGAGACUCGUCGAACUUGGGAACAGAGGUGCUCUUGGUUUCCAGCGGCCCAAAGGGAAUAUUACGAGCGCUAUGCCCAGAUUUACAAGGAGUGUUUGAGUACGUACGGCAACGAUCACUUCGAGUACUAUGCGAAAAGGAAUCGCCUGAGGGAAGACUUUAGGCUUGAGACCAAUUCAUACAAAGAGAGUAAGACACGGGACUCCGAAAUAUCCAUGGAUCAUGUAGCCUUUUACAAAGCGACCCCCACUUCCAAUGCAGAAUAUGGGAGUGUUCGGCCAAUGAACCUCUUCAAAGCAUUUUAGAUCCGUAUCUAAUCUAUAAUACACAUUCAAGUCGGCUUACAAGCUUUAGGGCAGGUGUACACAGUUUGUUACAAAGGGAAUACAUGAAUACACUCCUCAGUCUAUUUACGUUUAGAGCUAAGAAUAACCCAGUAAAUUCAGUACAGUGUAAACCUGGCCUAAACAACUUAUUUGGCUUUAUGGUCUCUAAUAAAUAAAACAAUUUGUAGAUUAAAAUUUUUAUGUUUUGUCGUAGCUAGU